AUGGAAGAAUUUGGUGAUGAAAAUAAAGGUUUAGUUGAACGUCGAAAAUAUCUAAGUGAUUCUAGAAGAAUUGACAUGGUCGGACAUUUACAUUGUGAUGUUUUUAAUCAAGAUAAAUUUUUACUUAACGGUGUGGAAUUACGACUACGACUUGUUAGCUCAAAAGAUGCCUUUUGUUUAAUAGACCCCACAGGAGUAUCUUCCUUACACAUCGAAGAAGCUUCUUUACUUGUACGUAGAGCAAAAAUUAGUCCUAGGGUUUUAAUUGGUCAUGCCAAGGCUCUCUCUAGUGGUACCGCUAAAUAUCCUAUAACUAGAGUAGAGGUAAAGGCCUUGUCACUUCACGCUGGUAUUCACAGUGAAACUCUUGAUAAUGUUAUACUUGGUCAACUACCUAAAAGGAUUAUUAUAGGAUUCGUCGAUAAUACAGCUUUUAACGGCUCUCGAAAUAAAAACCCUUUCAACUUUAAACAUUAUCAAAUCAACCACUUUUCACUCUACGUAGACGGAAUGCAAAUACCUUCUAAACCACUAUUAACAGACUUUUCAAAAGAUAAACUUUAUGUUGAAGCUUACCAAACUUUAUUUACUGGGACUGGUAUUCAUUUUCUUAACAAAGGAAAUAAUAUUAAUCGUUUCGACUACGCAAAUGGAUACUGCCUUUUUGCCUUUGAUCUUACACCUGAUCUCUCUGCUCAUUGUUUCUCUCAUUGGAAUCUUAUAAAACAUGGAGCUUUAAGAAUAGAACUACGUUUUGAAGAAAUGCUACAAGAAACUAUUAAUUGUAUUGUAUAUGCCGAAUACGACAACGUUCUAGAAAUUGAUGCAUCUAGACAGGUUAUAACAGAUUUUGGAGCUUAA